AUAACCAGAUCUUAUUUGUGAUUUUGAUGACUAGUUGAUUAAGUUUUUAUUUGCGAUAUCAUGUUUUAUUUAUGUAAUUGGAACAGUAUUAGUUCCUUUAUCCAGAUCCAAAAUUAUCAUUUCCGAUAAUAAGCUUACAACUUCCGGUUAUCCUGCUUCCUUCUCAGUGGGUUCCGGUUCUUCAGUGAUAACCACGUUUGUUUUGGAGCAAUUUUUCUACGCGUGAAGAUUCACUCCAUUGACUAACCAGCCAAGUUGAAUUUGGGGGCAACAGGUCAAAGGUUACAAGUCAUUGAGAGGGAUAUAGGUAAGUGUUACUUUACAGGGACAGGUCAAAGAUUACAUGUCAUUGAGAGGAGGACAGGGCAAAGGUUACAAGUCAUUUAGAGGAGGACAGGUCAAAGGCUACAAGUCAUUGAGAGGUGGAGAGGUCAAAGGCUACAAGUCAUUGAGAGGGGUACAGGUAAGUGUUACUUUACAGGGAAUGGUUAAAUUACAAGUCAUUGAAAAGUGGACAGGUCAAAGAUUACAGGUCAUUGAGAGGAGGACAGGUCAAAGGUUGCAAGUCAUUGAGAAGGGGACAGGUCAAAGAUUACAGGUCAUUGAGAGGAGGAGAGGUCAAAGGUUACAUGUCAUUGAGAAGGGGACAUGUCAAAGGUUACAAGUCAUUGAGAGGUGGAGAGGUCAAAGGCUACAAGUCUUUGAGAGGAACGGUACAGAAAUUAAAGCAACGUGUGUUUAUGAUGAUGGAUCCGAAUUCCUCAGACCUUGGCAUUAAAACAGAAGGGGGAACAGCCCACCUGUCUGAACCAAUGGGCAUGGAUAAGGAUGGCAUCCAGGCUCAUGGUGACCCAGGGUCAGAGGCUACCUUAUCACCUCAUUCCUUUGGCCCAGAGAAAGACAAGGAGAAUGAAGAUGAUAAGAUAGAGGGGGACGACAGUGAUGGCAGCCAAGAGCUGUCAGGGACUGACUCCUCAGCUGAGGAGGAUGUAAAGGGAGACGCUACCGAGGAAGGAAAACUUUUUGGAGCAGUGUUAAAUCUAGAGGCAGGCCCAGACAGUGCUACUUGUUCUAAAGAUGAAUUGAAGAAGAAGAAAAGGAAAAAGAACAAAGAAGAUGGGGAUGAAUCUAAACAACAAUCUGGAUUGAAAGGACCAUUUGAGGGCCUAGAUGUUUUUAGAUUAUGUCGGAUUUGUGGUGGAAACUUCAGAAAUCCAAAGCUGCUGAAAUGCUUACACACAUACUGCACAGAUUGUAUCCAAACCUUGGUUCAAUGUAAAGAGGAGAAGUCCUCUUUGAAGUGUCCUAUCUGUAAAGUGGAGGAAACUUAUGAAGAGGCACCAACACUUCCCGUACAUCAUCUGUCUAAGCGUCUGGCAGAAGGAAAAGCUAUGGCUAAGGAUACGCAGCAGUGUAGUAUCUGUGCUCUUAAUGCACUGUUCCUACCAGCAAUAAAAAUCUGUUUUGAAUGCAAAGAUUUUCUCUGUGAAGGAUGUGCUGACAAACACAAGUUUUCCCGAUUCACCAUAGAUCAUAAAAUUACAGAUCUAGAUGAAGAGUCCUGGCAAGAAUCCCUGGAAAAAGUGCACAUUGAAAAUAUGAUGUGUCCAGAGCAUGAAAAGGAAGAGGUUCGUUUCUUUUGUGAAGACUGCUACAAUCUUGUCUGUAGGGAUUGUGUCAUCCUUAAACAUAGUGAUCACAAAGUCCUACCUGUCAACCAGGCAGUCAGUUCAAGGAAACGAGAGUUUGAGUUCAGGAUGCUGGGAAUGACACAAAGGUUACAGUAUGCUGAAAGAGAGCUGACUUCCAAUGAUGAUGCUUUAAAUAAUUUACAGCGACUCCAGGAAAAGGAAAUUUCUAAAGUUAAAGCUGAAGUAGCUGAAUUGAAGCAAAGGCUAGAUAAGGAAGAGGAGAUGGCCAUAGCAUCAAUUACCAAAAAAGUGACUUUGACAAUGAAAUCGGGAAAGAAGAGAAAGAGGAAUGCACAGAAACUUGUCGAUCGCAUUCAUGAAGUAAAAUCACAUUGUUUGAAAUUUCUACAACAGAGUACUGAUGAAGAAUUUUUGGACAACCAAAAUCUGUUCAUGGGUGCCAUGACAACAACCUUGAAUUCUACAGUCAUCCCUGAACCUCUCAACUGGAGUAAACUUCCAUAUACACAGGCGUCAAAGGUCUUCAGAUUGGCCCAAACUGAACCUCUCUUUAUUGUCUAUGACAGGAAAAACGUCUUCAACUUGGUUGAGGAUAUGCCUACCCAGUGUACUAUGGCACAGUGGAUUGCAAAGAAAAUUGAUGUCAGUCGUGGACUUGACUAUGCCCAGUCAGUUCAGAAUAAAGUUAAGGCUAAGCAGAGGGCAGAGAACAAACACAUCAAAAAGGAGGAGGCAAGGGAGAUCAAAGAAGCUGUAGUUUUCUUAAAUAAUCCUCCAAAGGUACAGGGCCCAGAACAACGACCUCAGAAAGUCAAGAAAGUGCAAAACCCUACUGUACCUACACCAGGAGGGGAGGACUCACAGCAAGAUGAAGAAGGAAAGAAAAAGAAGAAGCAAAAAAACAAAAAUAAAAACAAAAACGGCACAGUACAAGAUGCAGAUCAGACUGAUCCUUCACAGAAGCCUAAUGCAGGACAAGAACAGAAGCCCAAGAUUAAAGUGGAACCAGAACAGGGCAACAAGAAGCAGCAGAAUUCUGCCAUGGCACGAUCAAUGAAAAAUGAAAAAAAGCAGAAAAUGAACCAAGGACAUCCUAACCAAUUUGUCUCUUUCAAGUUCAAUUCACAAAUGUCAAUGGGAAAUAUGAAUGGAGCCUGUGCUUGUCCGAUACGCGUUCCUAGUCUGUCCCCACUCUGGCGAAUUGAUCUUUACCUACGGUCCGACAAAUUUCAACCCAAUGUUACAGCCACACUUUGUAUUGGAACAGAGAAGGUUGCAGUCGCCGAUAGCAGUAAUAACAAGAUCAAAAUGUUUGCCACCUCUGGAGAGUUUUUGGAGGAGCAUCCUGCCUUCCAGCCUGUCAGCCUGGCCUACUGUGCUGGCAAAUUGAUAUGGUGCAGCGAAAACACACUUGGUUUCCUCGAUCUGGGAAACAAAGAAAGGGGAGAGGUGACCUUCGACCUUGAUGCUGUACCACAUCCAUUGUCAACUGGGAGCAUAACACAGCUCCUAAUUGGUAAUGGACAAAACAUAUGCGAGUACAACUGGUCUAAGAAGGAGAAAUAUUGGGCUCCAACCAAUAAAAUCCAACCAAGACAUUCCAACAAGAAACGUUUUAAGAGCAACGUAAUGAGUCUGACCAACAGUGCAGGGAGCCAGACAAUUGUUUACAGUGAUUGGCAGCAGAGCAGUGUGGUGUUCAUGGACAGUUCUGGCAUCAUCACCAACAUUUAUCGUGAGGGUGACAAACAGAAUGGUUUCCUGCCGACUGGUUUGUUUUACGACAGAACAGCCAACACUGUAUUUGUCCUGGAUCACCAAGGUAACCGUCUGCUGUUGUUAAAUAGUGAGGCCAAAUUUCUUCAGGAAUGGUCUACUUUGCCAGCCAUUCAAAAGCCACUUAGUGUAACAGGGAACAGAUCCGGACAGUUAUUCAUCACAGGCAGUGAUCAGUUUCUACACGUGUACAAGUUUACCUACUAAGUGGUCAGUUCUUACCAACAUUGACAGAUCAUGUGUAGAUGUAGUGACUGUUUCUGAAAUCUAGAGGACAGUCAACUAUUAGAUACAUUUGUUCUAAACAGUUUAUAAACUGAGAGGUUGAUCUAUUGGAAUCCAGGUUCUGAACUUGGCGACAAGUUGGAAUCAUGAUAAUGUGUCAAUGGGCCAGCAUAUCUGUUAAGGAAACCAGCUGAAGAAACAAGAACUUACUUGUACCAGACAUCAUGGAUAUACACAUGCCUUCACUUAAGGAUAUAUGCUACAUUACAAAUUGUGCAUAUUGUUUAGAAUUAUCUCCCUUUGAAAAGAUACAAUUCAGAAUUUCUCGAGUUUUAUCAGUACAUAUAUCUAAUAUGUUAACAAGUUCAAACUCCAAGUAAAGUUUUCACAUAAUAGAACACUUUUGAGGUGAUAACAUUAGGAGUAGCAUAUAGCUUUGAGUUGAAUGUUUUUGAAUGUAUCCUGAUUAUUUUGAAUCCAAAUGCAUCAUGCUUCUUUGGUUUUCAAUGUGAAUAGCCAUACUAGACCUUAUAAGUGCAUCUGCCUCUAUAAGAGUACCACUACCUUUUGGGGGGAAAGAGCAUAGGUCACUUGGUGGGCUAAAGCAUGUAAAAGGUUGCAUAUCUCUCUGAUCUGCUAAUGCAAUCCAGAGAAACAAUAUAAAACGUUAUUGUUAGAAAAUGUUUCUCUUCAAACCUGAUUUUCACAUGAAGGCUUAUCCUUGUAAAAGGUUUUGUAAAGUGCAGUGUGCUUAUCAGAUCAAUAAGUAGUAUGAUAAAUGACAAGAAUUGUAACCUUCAUGUAUUGAUAAUGUCUGGUACAUACCAGGUAUGUGAUCAGUAAAUUUAUUGGAUAUGUUUUGUACAGAAUGAUUGACCCACACACGUGUUAAUGUCAUGAGGAUACAUGUGUACAAUAUAUGGUCAAACCUCAUUAUCUGGAAUUUUGACAACUCGAAAGACCCUGUUUAACUUGAGUUAAGCAUUCAGUUCCAACAAUAAAAUAUUUAUUGUAAAAUAUACUUGGUUUCUUUGAACUCUUGGGAUAUAUCGGAAGUUUUUUCGUGACUCCAUUAACUUGGGAGAUAGUGAGGUUUGACUAUAUUUGUACAAUUAUAGCAUAUUGGAGGGUUAUGUAUAGGUUUGGUACAUUUAUAUUCAAUUUAAUUUAAACAAUUAGAAUUAUUGUUUUGUAGACAUUUGAAAUCCACAUGUGGCUGUCUAUGAAAAUAGGGUUUAUUUAUAGAUUUGAAAUUCUUGGAAAUUACACGUCUGGAAUGAAGAAACGUGCAAAUCCUGUUAACUUCCUUAAAUUGACACAAUAAAAGCAGAACAGUCAAAGAGAUAUUCUAGAACAUUAUUUUCCAAAAGUGAAAAAUAUCUUUAACACAAAAAAUAGAUGUAUGUAGAAUGUCUUAUUAUAUGAUAAUCUUCUACACUCAAACCAUAAACGUUUUCAACACACGAAAUUAACUUUUGCAUUACAAUACAUGUAUUGUGCUUAUUUAUCAAAGGGCAGGUAGCUUGUUAUUUGGUUAGGUACAGCUCCAGUUAGCUUGUUUACAAAUUAAAAGAGUAGGAACUCCUUUACUUUAGUGAAGAGUAUAUGUAUGCUUCUCUAACGGUAGACCAUAGAGGCAGAUUUGUUAACUUAGUUUAGGAGCAUACCUGGUAGUGUAUUAUUUUCGUCUAAGAUAUGGGAGUUGAACUUUUGAAUUAUCUACUAUACUUCCUACUUGACAAAUUGAUAAAUUACAAGACUUUUAUGGUUUGAUGUAAUUCAUUCUGUCUUCAUAUAUUAACAUAAAUAUAAUUGUUCAUAUUAAUGAAUUUCCUUGUUUUAACUUCCUUUGGGAAUUUUGAUAAAGAUUUUGCCUUAUUUAUUAUUAAGUUAACAAAUUGUCUGAACAAAAUCUGAUUGCUUUUAUAUAGGCUGUCAGACUAUUGUAGAAUGUAGCAUUAGAAUUUGGAUGUUUUUUUUGUUUUGUUUGUUUGUUGUUUUUUUUUCUCUUAACUUCAAAUAUGAAUUCUUAUGGAUGGUUACUAUAAACUAGUUCAAAGAUUUGAAGUAAAAAAUGUAGUUAUGUUCACUCUUUGAAUUUAGAUUCCCCUGAUAUACAUGUAUAUGCAAAAUAUGUUAAAUUUUAUUUUACAUUUCCUGUAAUCUGAUUCAUUUUCAAGGUGAAAAAUAGAUUUCCAGUAUUCUCUUACAUUUCUUGUGAAUUGUAAAGGAUGGGGUUUAUAUUCAUAAACUGUAUGAUAAAAAUGUGUUUACUUUGAUUCACUUUGCUUUGAAGUACAGAUUAGCUUGUAAACAAUUUUGUUAAACAAAAAGCAUACAAAAUGUUCAGAAAUAAUGAAUUGAAAUUAAAAACUAUAAUCAUAUUUAUACAAAUUCAGAUUUUUUUGUCAAAUAGCAAUAUUUUGAAAGUGUUCUGUUUUAUUAGAUAGUAUUUGAAAUUUGUUUUGAUAAUGACAGAUUUUGUUUACGAGACUGCAGAUAACUGUAUGCUGGACACUUUCAUUAUUUCAGAAUAUAUUAUGUUUUGAAUUUUUUAAACCGGUAUUGUCACUUUUAAAAGUUACAUUAUUCCUUGGAAGCAGUUAAUUAUAGAGAUUAUGGGUUACCACUGUAGAAAUGCUGAAACAUUUCUUUGUAUUGCUGUAAGUAAGAUGAUAUUGAAGAGAGUUCAAGAGAGGUGAGAUGAGGAGAGUUUAGUCAGAGAGACCUAUAAUGGAGAGUUUUAUAGGUCUCUGUUCAAGUGUUACAACUUGUUUACAUGUGUCGCCUUCUAUGUAUUAUAAAGGUCUGUUGUUUUUCUCGUCCGUUUUGUAAGCAUUACUUUUGUCGUUUGAUAGAUCCAUGUACGCAAUGUACACUUACUAAUAUUGUCACCUUUUUUAAUUUUGCAUGGAAAUCGGUAGUGAAUGAUUCAUUGAGGGUAGUAAGAGUGGAGAAUUUUUGCUUAUAUGUUAUAUCCAAUAUUCUAGAAGGAAAAGAAAUUGUAGAAAUUGAAUAUUUUAAUUUUCUUUAUUGUUGAAAGAGAUCUAAAUAAAUCAAUUCAAAUUUAAUCUCAACAUGACUAGUGUUAUAUAUAAUAGUGUUAUAUAUAAAAUGUCAUUAAUAACACUUUUAACAACAAAAUGUCAAUAAAGAUAAUGAAAAUAAGGCAGCAUUCAUUUCUUUCAAAAGUACAAGCUCUAUUAAUGGUUCUAUGCUUUUACAAGAGGGGAGACAAUUCUGUUUUUCUUCCGUUUUUUUUUUUUUUUUUUUUACCAGAAGGGAGACGAUUCAAUCUGGCUAGGUCAGUAAUUCGUCAUUUUAUUCAAGAUAAAUUUUAAUAAGUAUUUUAAAUACUAGCAGUCAUACCAAUGACUAAGGGACCAAAGAUAACAAUGCGGCUCUUUCGCCAAAUCAUGCACUAGUGUGAGUUUUCUUUUUCUUCCUUGGAGAUGAGAAUAUUUUGUGUUAUUGUUUUAAUUGAUGUGGUGCUUUUGUACAUUUAUAGCAAGGCUAACAUAAAUGACUUUUGCUUUUAUUGUAUUAUAAGUAGCAUUCCUUUUCUAACACAUUAUUACUAGAGACAGAAUAUUAGUCUCCAGUUUUACCAGUUGUUUAUAUAUGUAACAUAGUGGGAUCUUGAAAACCCCACCAAAGUUUGUAGAGCUGGUAUGUAAUAUCUGUUCCAGUGUAAGAUCAAAAGAAAGGAUGGAUACUAUUGUGGACAUUUUUAAUUCUUAUGUCUUUAAUUUCUUUGUUCUUUUGAAGGAUGUAUUGAGCAAGUAUUUUCAUUUACACUAUUUUACCAACACAACUAGAAUAGUAGAAAACUAUUUAUACAGUGAAAUAUCACUGGAGGAGGCCUUCAGAAAUGCUGCCAAUAGUUUGUUAAUCAAAAUUAACUAAGUCAUUGUUAUAAUGUGAAAAUACUAAAUAAUGAGACUUAUUGAGUCAUGUUGGUUUAAAUGGUUUUCAGAAAUUAUUCUAAUAAUGCUAUAUAUAUGUGUACUGGUUAAUUCCAUGUCUUCUGGAUGGACUCUGUUUGGCAGUGAUUUCUCAGCCAAUUAUUUUUUUAUACAAAUGCCACAUUUUACCAUAAUAGUUGCUUAACUGAGUUGUAAAAGGAAAACAACCAAAAAUUAAAAAAAAAAAAAAUUAAAAAUGUUUUUGACAUGUCUAUAAAGAUAAAGAAGAGAAUGAGACAUUUAAGGAACUAUGUGAAAUUAUGUUUUCAAAUAAUAUACCACACAGUACUCUAGGGUCUUUUUAGUUUAUUGAGAUCCGAAUUGUUUGAACGAGUGGACCAGAGUUGUUGGUUUACAUUUAGAUGAGCCUUGACAAAGACUUUCAAGGCCCGUAUUAACAUCUGCAGGUCAAUCAAGAGUAAUGCUUGCUGUGUUACUUUAAAAAAGACAAAGUGAUUUGUCCACAUAAACAAACAAGUCCGUGGAAAAAAGACAAAGUGAUUUGUCCACAGAAACAAACGGGUCCCUGGUGACCAGUGUAUUAUGUAUUGUCAUCACCAUAACCAUCAAAUAUGUCAGUAUUUAUUUCACUGGUUUAACAUCCACUAAUAUAGCCUUACAGCCUUAAGCUGACAAGUAUUAAUCAGCUGCUAAUAAUUUUUAUAUAUAGCUACUUGUGUUUCUGUUGUCCAAUCACAGGCAAUACUGUUCCCUAUCAUCACGUUUCCAUAGAGAUCAGAAGCUGAAGAUAAUAUAUGUCCUUUGGUAACCAUUUUAUCCGAGAAACUCCUACUUGUGUUAAAAUCAUUUUCUGUCUUUAGGACAAUUACUGGGUAUAAUUCUGAUAUGCUCUUUAAUGCAGAGCAAGUAUACAUAAUUCAGAAUGGUUAGUAAGUGAAAUACUGGAAUAAGAGGAACAUUUUGUAUCUUUUUUUUUCUUUUCUUUUUUGUGAAAUAUCUGUUAUUGUUUAUUUGGUGCAUUAUUUUACAUUCAUUUUGAUUUGACAGCAAUUAGGUAAUUCCAUUGUCAUUGUUCUAAUUAUAGCAAUAAAAUUGCUGAAAAUUC